AUCAUUUGACGGCUGCGCGGCCUGGGCGUGUUGUUCCGUUUUUUACCAGCAGUGGACAGCAGCAAGCAGCAACAGUCUCUCUCCAGAGGUGGAUGUAUGUAUGUAUGUAUGUGGGAUUGAAUCAGUCACAGGGAACCGCACAGAAUUAAUACAAUAGCGAAACAUGGCUACUGAGGCGAUAUCAGCGUGCACCGGAUCCAGUUUACUCCAACCCAUAAGCGAGAUAACCAACCUCCCGUUAGAUCAGGUGAAUUUCGUAGUAUGUCAGCUCUGUGCUCUUCUCACGGCGGUGUGGUUCAGACUUUAUCUUCACCCCAGCAAAACCAGUCCAUUUGUGCGACAUGUGGUGGCCACACUGCUGGGCAUCUACUUUGCUCUCUUUUGCUUUGGCUGGUAUGCACUUCAUUUCCUGCUCCAGAGUGGCAUAACUUACGGCAUAAUGAUUCUGACGGGAGUCGAGCACAUGCACAAAUAUUGUUUAGUGGUUGCCCUGAGUUAUCUCAGUUUCUGCCAAAUCACUCGGGUUUACGUCUUUGAUUAUGGAAUGUACUCCGCCGAUUUUACAGGGCCCAUGAUGGUCAUCACACAGAAGAUAACCAGUGUGGCUUUUGAGAUCCAUGAUGGAAUGGCAAGGAAGGAAGAUCAGCUUAAUCGGGGUCAAAAACUGCUGGCAAUAAGGCGGAUGCCCAGUUUAUUAGAGUACUUCAGUUAUAACUGUAAUUUCAUGGGCAUUUUGGCUGGUCCCACCUGCUCCUAUAAUGAUUACAUCGCCUUCAUUGAGGGCUCCCCCUGUCGUCAUAGAGAUCAGGAAACCAAAGACAAAGUGAAUGGGAAGAGCAGACUGAAUGACCCUUCACCAAACACGGCAGUCAUCCAAAAGCUGGCAACCUGCUUUAUCUCCUUGAUGGUCUUCCUCUCCGUCUGCAAAGUCUGUCCUGUGGAGCGUAACGUUGAUGAUGAUUUUAUCGCCACCACGCCCAUCUAUGCUCAGGUGGUCUACCUGUAUUUGUCCAUGCUGACCACCCGGCCUAAAUACUACUUUGUUUGGACUCUGGCUGAUGCCAUUAACAACGCAGCAGGAUUUGGCUUUAAUGGUUAUGACAGUGAUGGUUUGCCACGAUGGGAUCUCAUUUCCAACCUCAGGAUCAUGAAUAUAGAGUGCGCGACCAGCUUUAAGGUUUUCCUGGAUAACUGGAAUAUCCAAACAGCACACUGGCUUAAAAGGGUGUGUUAUGAACGUUGUCCUUAUAACCCGACCGCUGCCACCUUUCUGCUGUCGGCCAUGUGGCACGGCGCUUAUCCAGGAUACUACCUCACCUUCCUCACGGGCAUUGUCAUCACACUUGCAGCCAGAGCAGUAAGGCAUAAUGUCAGACCAUACUUCUUGGGAUCACCUACUCACAAGUUCAUAUAUGACAUCAUCACAUGGGCGGCUACACAGAUUGCCAUUUGUUACACAGUGGUACCAUUUGUGCUGCUUUCUGUGGGCCCUUCGCUCAAGUUUUACAGGUCUUGGUACUUUUCCCUCCACAUAGGCUGUAUAUUGUUGGCCAUCGCUCUGCCUGUGAAACCACGCCAUCUUCGGCUGAAAGAGCAACAGGCUGCCCUCCAACCAAGUCUGGAGAUCACAGACAGCAACCAGAAACAAAAAGCUACAUGAGUCCUGAAACGCCUUGCUGCAUUUCAACAUACACACAGACUGGGCACACGUACCUAUUCUCAAGCCACACAUGAAAAGAGUCAUCCCUUGGCUCAGUAUAGUGGUACCAGGAUUUUACCAUGAUUUGAGAUGAUGGAAUAAAACCUGCCUGGUAUAAGGUGGAGUUGCCAAGAAAACAUAGUUGUAUAAAAUUACUUUGUGAUCCAACUUGCCACAGCAAGUAUUAGUGUCCUGACCUAGUGGUCUAAUUUUGGGCUAUAAAUAUAAUUUGCUGUAGACAAGACCAAUACCAAUUGGAAAACAAUGGCAUUAUUAUAUUUAAAAACUAAAUGAGUUCAUAUGAAAGGAGUACCCAAAAUAAAUAUAAAGUUGUCCCCAAAAUAAAGACAUGAAUGAAGAUACAGCAGCUUACGAUUUGAUUUCGUAAAAUGGGGCCCUUGGAUUUUUUUGUCAUGUUAUGUUUGUUGUAACGUCUUGUCCAUGUAGUCUUCACAUCAAACUCUGAAAGUUAUAUGUAGUACAUUUCCACUAUAAAGACCAGAGAUUAUUUUCCCAUAAACAAAAGUAUUAGACUUAUCACAUCUCAUUUGGGAGUGUUGAAAAGUAAUCUUUAACCUGUACUGGAAUGUUAAGGCAACAUCUGGGGGAAAGUGUCUGAUAGUACUGUUAAUUGUUCGACCUUUGCAAGUCAGUGACAGUGAAUCUGUAUGUAUAGUUUUGCACAUUUUGGCCACAAGGUUUGGCCUGCUGAAGGUUAGAAAUGAAGCUGAUGUCUGUGUUCAAGUUCAUUGAAAUCGUGUAGGAGGUCCUCUGUCUGUGUGGACCUUGAAUUUAUUUUAUUUUUUAAAUUAUGUGAUUAAAAGGGGCCUUUUACUA